UAUUGCUGUCGUUCCCCUCCUCUGGUUUGGGAGACGCCAGGACAGACCCGGUGUCCCGUCCCCAUGAGGGGGGAGCCCGUCUGUGAUUCAUAUUUUUGACGCCUUUUCAUUCUUCCCUUCUACUUGAAAGUCUCCAAUUUUCUAUUUUUUUGCAAUAUCUUUUUUAUUAAUUUGAUUCAAAGUACAACUUGUAUCACAUUGUCAAACAUUUCUUUUUAUUAAUUAAGAGGGAAAUACCCUCCCUUUGAAGGGGAGGAUAUUUGGACGUACACCCAUACGUCCAUUUAUUGGAGGUCACGGUGUGAAGUGGCUGACUGAAGCUGUGUGUCCGGUGGCAUUUUUAGACCCCUCACACCGUACCGGGGCCCUGCAGCCCUACAGCUUAACGAUGGAGAUUCAUUGUAAGCACGACCCGUUUGCGGCAAUGCACAGACAUGGCGGGGUGAACCAGCUUGGAGGCGUGUUUGUGAACGGCAGGCCCCUCCCAGAUGUAGUUCGACAGCGAAUCGUGGAACUUGCCCACCAAGGGGUCCGGCCCUGUGACAUCUCACGCCAGCUACGAGUGAGCCACGGAUGUGUCAGCAAGAUACUGGGCAGGUACUAUGAAACGGGCAGCAUCCGCCCCGGGGUAAUCGGGGGAUCCAAACCAAAGGUUGCUACUCCCAAAGUGGUCGACAAGAUCGCCGAUUACAAACGCCAAAACCCCACCAUGUUUGCCUGGGAGAUCCGGGACAGGCUUCUGGCCGAGAGAGUGUGUGACAACGACAGCGUCCCCAGUGUCAGCUCCAUCAACAGGAUCAUUCGGACAAAGGUUCAGCAGCCGCCCGGCCAAACGGGCUCAAUGUCGGCUCACAACUUAGCCACUUCUGUAGCGGCCACACAAGUGUCGGGAGUGACCAACGACUCAGCCGGCUCCUCGUACUCCAUCAGUGGCAUUCUGGGAAUCAGCUCAUCUGCCGAUGUGGGCAAGAGGAAGAGAGACGAAGGAUUACAGGAGUCGCCGCUGGCCAACGGGCAUGGCCACAGUGGGCGGGACUUCCUCAGAAAGCAGAUGAGAGGGGAGCUGUUCUCGCCGCAGCAGAUCGAGGUAUUGGACCGCCUGUUUGACAGACCAUGUCCAAUCCAAUCCAGCUCUGACCUCUAUGUGAGCCCUGACUCUGGCAAGACGUCAGAUUAUUCGUCCAUGGCCUCACUAGCGGGAGGACUGGACGAGAUGAAGAACAGUUUGGGUAAUCCUGGUACAGGGGCGGAGUUAGGAGCCAGCGUGUCGGGUCCACAGUCCUAUUCACUUGUUCCAGGUCGAGACUUAGCCAGCACCACUCUGCCAGGCUACCCUCCUCAUGUUCCUCCCACUGGACAGGGCAGCUACUCCACCCCCUCCCUAACUGGCAUGGUACCAGGGGGAGAUUUUUCUGGCAGUCCAUACUCCCAUCCCCAGUAUUCCACAUACAACGAAUCGUGGAGAUUUCCUAACCCCAGCUUAUUAGUGUUUCAGCAGGAUUACGGGUCUCUCCUGGGAACGGAAAUCGGCUGCUCCUCCAGUCUCUUCACCAGCCAGGCUGGACAGAUGCAAGGGUCUCCGUACUACUACAGUACAUCAAGGGGGGCGGGGCCUGCUGCCACUGCAACAGCCUCCGCCUACGACCGCCACUGACCCCACCAACUAUGAGAAGAGGAGGAUGAAGAGAAGAGGAAGAGGAGGGACGAGAGGACGGAUAGCACCAGCACUGCACAGUUCAAACCUGUCUACGCAUGGACGACAAUGAGAAUGAAGAUUUCAAAUUUCUGACGUCAGUGAAUUUAGAAUUUUCUUUGAUUGACACGUAAGCCAACAAACGCACUGCUGGGCAGCAAAACAGACAUUCUUUAUUGGUAAUACAUUACCAUGAGGACACAGGCAUGGCAGUGUCAAUAACUGAUGGAGAUAGGACUGGUCAGAAGCAAGUGAAUCUCCCGUAAAAUAUCAAGGCUUGGCAUCCCUAUCCAAUCAUCUACAAAUCCAAGGAGUCAGUGGACAAAGUGUGCAACAGUGACUGAAACUGUAUUGUGAUCUUCUGGGUAAAAUGUGAUUUCAGGAUGAGAAUAUUUCCAAGGAACUGAUUUGAGUUGAUUAGAGCAACAUCCCUUUUUCAAAGAACAAGUCUUUUUAACCCCCGACAUCAAUCAAUCAAUUUUCUAUGCCAUUUUAUGGUGAAGUAAAGACAAUCCAAUUCACAUAACUUGACCAAAAUCACCCAUAUCAUUAUCAUUCUAGUCUCUUUACUGUAGAAUCAACAAAUUUACUUUGGGAUCACAAUGCUUGAUGGAUGGGAUACCAUCAUUCCCAAUGGCAGUGUUCAGCUUCACAAUUGAGUGUUCGCUAAGCACCGGCCCCUUCAGUUACUGUUGCAAUACCUGUCAAGCUUUCCCUUCUUCAGAACGAAGUAGCCACAAAACAGCAUUCCUAGCCUGCAGUCAUAUAGACUGAGCAAAUAUGUCCUUUAGUUCAACCAAUCAUCACCUUGACCCUUCAGAGGAUCUCUACAGCUCCAUGCACACUGCUUCAACAUGUGUAGAAAUCCAAAGCUUGACAGGCUUCCCAUGUCUAGUUGUGGUUGCUAAGCUCUGAUUGGAUAUCUGCUGAUUGGGGGUUAGCUUUAGCAAAUGCUAAGUCCCAGGGGUUGUAGCCAGAUCCCAAUGUAUCACAGAACAUCUAACAUCAGUACUUCCAUUCACACUUUCCCAGUAACUGACCAACAGGCCUUUCAGUAAAAGCACAGCCUAAAAUCUGAGCCCUCUGCUGUAAAAUAACAACUGUACAUGUUCACAUCAGACCAAAAUCAUACCCACCAGGGAGCGUUAUUGUACAGGAAGGUGCUAUCCUACCUCCCCGGCCAAGAUUUAGUCCUGAACAAGAGCUAUUUAUAAUGGGAGGAGACACAGAGUAAUAUAUUAAGAAGCUUUUCUGCGCUGCACUCCGUGAUGAGAGUGAAUGCCUGUAAUGAUUUAUAAUUAUGUUUCACGCUGUUGUGCUAGAAUAGUGAUGAUGAUGAUGACGAUGAUGAUGAUGCAGUGAAAUAUGAAAUCUUAAUAACUUUCAAUAUGAAAAAAAGUAUUGUUUAUAAAUAUGAACCGAUUGCGAUUUUCUUGUUUAUAGUUUGUUGCCUGGUAUCAGUUGACACAGGUGCCAUUGAAUAAGAUGCCAUUUGUAUCUGCUUCCUGAUUAUUGAUGUGAAGACAGGAAGCAGUGGCACCCUCUCUUUCUCUCUCUCUCGCUCUCUUUCUAUUUCUCUCUUUAAACUCCCCAAAGAUGGGCCCCCACUAGUGGAUCGGCUGACUAACUACAAAAGCACAAAGAGACUCAAUCAUCAUUUAAAGGUGCCAUUUUACUUUUUUGACUUCCCUUUAGAACCAUUAAGUAAUUCUUCGUCUUCUACUGCCCCUUUUGAGUGCUUGUCCUUGUGCUGUUUGACAUCCUGAAAUUGUUUCUAUAAAAGCAUUGCGUUCGUGAAAACACAAGUGAAACUUUUAUUUUUGUUUGUCUCCUACAUCAGUUCUGCGCUGUGACAAUGUAUGACACCAGGGUCGAGGCCUUACCCAUCAUGUACAGACAGAAGGACACAGUUACCCAGCCCUCAGUGCUGAUCUGAUAUCAGUGUAUUAUAUGUGUGAGGGCCCACAGUGUUGAUCUUGUGAAAGGGAAAUAUCUUCCUAAACCUGUACGUAGCUUCCUGUCUCAUUUAUGUUCAUUCAAACUUGUACAGCAAUCAGUGAUUAGGAAGAUACGUCACAAUGUCAAUAGCAGUUUCAACUUUUCACAAUUUAGAUUUUAGUGAUAAAACUUUCUUUAUGAUAAAAAAAACUAAGAGGUGUAUGGUGUCGUUUUAGCCAUUGUCUGCAAGUGUUUACAUAUCUUUUGUUUGUUUUGGUUCUGUGUGGCUGACUGUAGCGCUUCAUUGCUACUGUGUAGUUUUACUAGCCAACCAAGUGAAGUCACCAAAUCUGCAGCGUGAGACAUACAAUUUAGCUAAAUGAAAAAUACCUAUAAACACUGAACAAAGCUGUUAGUUUCUCCAUCUAUGUUGUUACUGGGUUUUGAAAAUUGUGAUAGUGGAUCCUUUUACAUUUGUGAACCUUAAAAGUUGUGUAUCCACAACUCUAAAGCAGAUUCUUAUGAAGGCUCGCCUGCUGUGCUGCCAGCGUGCAUCGCAGCAGGAGCCUCUCCUUAUUUCUGUCUUUCUGAGGCAUUAUUGAACCUGAACCACACCAGCUGAAAACAAGGACAGUGCCUUUAGUUUUAUAUGUCAACUCCCCCCCGACUGACCACGCAUCACUGAAACAAGAUUUAUGGUCCCUCCCUGCAACUCCUUAAACAAAAGUCUGCACACAUGGCCAAUUUUAUAUAAAGCCUUUCACGAAUAAAUAACAGACAGUUAUUCAAACUCUGGUUACCAAUAGUAACAUUGCAGCUCUGCUAAGGAGAUAGCCCUUAUCCAGCACCAUUUCAGUCAGAGAUUCAUAAAAAUGGUCAUGAAAGUCAACAUUCCUGUAAGGAGGGUUAAUGUAUUUAGCCAUACAACUGUUUCAUUGAUUCCCAUGAAAUUGUGUUAAACAUUCAUGUUCCCCAGAGGAUGAACCCUUAUUAUCCUCUAGUGACACCAGCAGGUCCAGAGUUUUGAAUAGUAUCAGCUAUAUUAUGGAUUGGCACAUUUUAAACAGAAACUCCUGGUUCCAAGAAAAUGUACUAAUGUACUUUGGUUAUGCACUCACUUAGUGCUACAACGAGGUUGGCUUGUGGUUUUCAGUGAAGGUUUUUCAAUACUUUAGUUUAUGCUUGUAUGAUGGGAAACAUGGCAUACAAUUGACCUGUUAGAAUUGUGUUUGUGAACAUGUUUACAUUAAAAUCAAUCCUUUCUGUCACUAAAUACAGUCACAAAGCUGUUAGCAUAGCUUUACACAUUUGUUGUUUUAACCCAAUAGCCGUCUGAUAUGAUUUUCUAUCUAACUUCAGUUACUAACAAGAUUGUUUUACCAUUCCCUGAGUUAAUGUUCUGAUAAUCCUCCCAUAACACAUUUUCUAACCGAAUCUCUGACUGAAAUAUACAGUUUUGAGAAUUAUUCAAGCAGGACCAAGAUGUGUUGUAAACCGCCCCUCAGUAGGACCAACUGCGUUGACAAGAAUAAAAAAGGCACAAAAUGUAUUUAUAAGCCACAUAAGCUACAGACAUGUUACAACUCUGUUCAUCAUUAUCAUUGCUUUUUUUUCAUCAAAAAGAGCAUCUUACAAUUGAAUGACACCCGUUUACCACAGAGACACACACAGACACACACACACACACACACACACACACACACACACACACACACACACACACACACACACACACACACACACACACACACGCAUACACACACAUUACUGUAAACAUGAAGAAGUAUUGAUUGAAAGUCGUUCUCCUUGAGGAGGUGAUUCCAGUCGUGCCUCCUGUGUCCGCUUGCGAGGCGCUUCGACACGAAACAGCCAAAUUCGUAGCCAAGAAUACAGCCAUACGUUAACAGGAUUAUUUGUUAACUAUGCAUCUCAAAGUGACACAGCUUGCCUUGCCAUUGCUUUGACCUAAUUGGUUCACAUGGGGAGAGAAUGAGUUCUCAUUGGCCCACAGUUGUUUCGAUUGGCAGCCAUGACAUUGACUGCAGCGAUCAGGGGGGACUGUCAUUGUGGGUGGUACUGUAGGAAGCACGGCAGGCAGAGGCCAUACACACACACACGCACACAAACACACACACCCUACUACACAUAAAUAUAAGUACAGACACACUCUCUCCCUCCCUUUGUCCUUUGCGGAGUGAUCGCCCCUCCUUCCAUGCCCCUGUGUUCCCCAGGGGAGGCCAAACCUGCUGUGCCAUCAGAAGCUCAUCCCAUCUUUUUUCCCCCCCUCCCUCAGCCCUAAUCUCAUCAAAUCGCAUGCACUCGUCCCCCCUCUCAUCUCCCCUCCUGUAGCACUGCUACACCACCAGGAUUAGGAAUAUUAAAACUAUUCUGUUGAUUACGGGCCUGUGACCUUCCUCAAAAAGUCCUCCCUUCUUUCUUCAGACAGCCCUAUUAAUCCCUUUUUUUCCUCUCCUAUUCUUACUUCUCUUUGACCAUUCAGACGUGAUGCUCCCUGUCCUGUCAGAAAUUCUGCAUAGGAAUGAAGCAGGUUGUUUGUGCCAAAGCGAGCUCGUUUCAAUGGCAAUAUUGCUGCCGGUAUAUUUGACCAAGAUUUUUCUGUGGGAUUGCAUCUCAUAUUAUGUUUUCUCUUCAUGUAUCUGUAAAGCAUUUAAGACUAAAAGCAACACUAGUUUCAAAUCAAACAAAGACAUUUCAUUUCCAGCUUUGCUACAGUUUACUGUGCAUGAAAAUGCAUUUGCAUCCUGAAUUGUUAUCCCAGCUCCUAAUCAAAUAGGAAACAGAAAUAAAUGCAAAUUAGUUUUUUUCUUUAUUAUGAUUUCUCACCGAGUGCGCACCGCCUGACUGUAUCUCAAUAUGAAUCCAUGAAGAUGACUACUGCCUUCCGUAAAACCUGAGGGGAUUUCAGCAUCACAUCUUGACAGCAAUUAGUGGCACAAUCUGUUUCAUGCUUGCUGAUAUAACUAGGCCUUGGACAGAUCUCAUACUGAAGUGUUACAAUGUUCUCUACAUCUUAAUAUUAUUCAACUGUGGAAGAGGAGAACAUAUACAGGACUCAGCCUACAAAUAUCCACUGUGCUUUUUAAGCAGAUGUUUCAAUCAACAAAAAAAAAGAUAACAUGAUUUUUCACCUUACUGUGGCCUUUUGUGUAACAAUCUGGAGUUUUCUUUUGUGUUCAUGGCUUCCUAUCUGGGGUGUUAAAGAGAUAUUUAUAUCCGUAACGUUUUGGUUAAAAAAAAAGAAGAAUAAACAAAAGACAUCAGACUGCAAAGACAAAUUAGGUUUCAACAAUACAGCUUGCUCAAUUCUUUUAAAUCAAACAAGACAAAAAGAAAACAUAUCUGUAACAUUCACCAAAGCCUGUGAUGCCUGUUUUAAAUAAUAGAUUCUUGUACAAAAAACAUAUAAAAUAGCAGAAAAGAGUUACAGAUACAAACACAAAAUGAAGAUAAGAAUUGCCUUCAGAUAUUCCGGAGGGGAGGAUUUAAAAAAAAAGUAAAAGAAAUGCUUCUUUAAGAAAAUGUGUAUGUUUUUUAUUCAAUUUUCUAGUAGUUGCAAACAAAACUUGGUGUUUUUUCUCUUUGUGUGUUGUGUGUUGUCUUAAUAUUUGAAUGUAUUUUACUGCAGUGCGAAUUUGCCAAAGAUAUCAUAUCACUUGAUUUCUCUCCUUCAUUCUUUUUGUUUAGUUCUUUGUUACUGAAUUGUGACCAAUUUUGCUCAGAAAACUGGAAAUAAAUGGUGAAUUUGAUAUUUUUCACAUUUCUAUUGUUAAUAUUAUUGUUAUUUUAUUUCUUGGGUUUAAGUUUACUGUGGAAUAUUAAAUUGCAGUUUUCUUGAUGCAUCUCUUCAUACUCAGUGUACCUGUCCAUCUGUCCACCUGAGUGACUGUUGUUGGUGAAUUAUUCCAUUUAUGUACCUGUAAUGUGAAGCUAAGAAGUAAUUAUUUGUAAAUAUUUGCCAUAAUUUUAUUGGUCCUUCAGAAUAAAAAAUAAUUUUUGGGAA